CAGUGUUAUUACUAUGCCAAUAGCCAUCCUUUGUUCCUUUUUUUGAGUGGCUUUCUCAGCGUGUCUACGUAUCAUAUAUAAAUAAAGUUAUAACUGUAAAUAAAACAUGUGUAUUUUCAAUAAAUAGAUGGACUCCAGAGGGUUAACCUUUACAUGAUUUAAGCAAACAUCAUAAUGGCACAUGCUCAGCUUUUUCAAGGUGUUUUGUAUCCUCACUUGGCUAAGUCCUGAUAAACCGGUGAGCUACGAUGAAACACAUUUUAUCUGAUUGUCUCGUAGUAUUCAGCUGAUAUAAGAUGUUUAGCUAAAUCUCAAUGAAUGUAAUGUGAAAAGGCCAACGUUUUUUUGUCCCGUCGCUCCUGUUCGUAACCAUAUUUCUGGUUCUGUCUUCAUUUCUUAGUGUUUGAAUGGAUAUUACCAGGUGCACGGAGAAAUGGGAGAGGCCUCCAACAUCCUCCAUGAUGCUGUCUAGCAAGAAGUCAGAUGCUGGCUCCUCUUCCUCCUCCUCUUCAUCUACUGCAGGAGCAGCAGGAGGUGAUAGGGUUGCAGUUUCUGAUGCCCAGACUGGUACGUCGGCAUCAGCUGCCGGCCCUAUGGAUGUAAAGAAAAAGGAGAGGUCAUCCCCUAGUGGGGAACCUGGAGGAGCCCCUUUGCCCCACCAGGCAGGCCCUGGGGGGGCAGACCAAGACGCAGCUGAAGUUCGCAGAACGAGUCGUCGCAAGCGAGCAAAACAGGUGGAGUACCGCGAGAUGGACGAAAGCCUUGCUAAUCUUUCGGAGGACGAAUAUUACUCUGAGGAGGAGAGGAAUGCCAAGGCGGAGAAAGAGAGGAAGCAGGUCAUCCCUCCACCACCUCCCCCACCAGAAGAAGAGAAUGACAGUGAACCAGAGGAGCCAUCUGGUGUAGAAGGAGCUGCUUUCCAAAGCCGUCUUCCUCAUGACCGUAUGACAUCCCAAGAGGCAGCCUGCUUCCCUGACAUCAUCAGCGGUCCCCAGCAGACCCAGAAGGUCUUCCUCUACAUCCGCAACCGUACACUCCAACUGUGGCUGGACAACCCGAAGAUCCAGCUGACCUUUGAGGCCACAGCACAGCAGCUUGAAGCUCCAUACAACAGUGAUGCUGUGCUGGUCCACAGGAUACACAGCUACUUAGAAAGGCAUGGUCUCAUCAACUUUGGUAUUUACAAGAGGGUCAAGCCUUUACCCACUAAGAAGACCGGGAAAGUGAUCGUGAUUGGUGGAGGUGUGUCUGGCCUCGCUGCAGCCAGGCAGCUGCAGAGCUUCGGGAUGGACGUUACAGUGUUGGAGGCCAGGGACCGUGUUGGAGGCAGAGUGGCCACAUUCAGGAAGGGGAACUAUGUGGCUGAUCUGGGAGCCAUGGUGGUGACAGGGCUGGGAGGGAAUCCCAUGGCAGUGAUCAGCAAGCAGGUUAACAUGGAGCUGGCCAAGAUCAAACAGAAGUGUCCGCUGUAUGAAGCCAACGGCCAGGCUGGUGAACGAUGCACAAGUGUGCCAAAGGAAAAAGAUGAGAUGGUGGAGCAAGAGUUCAACAGAUUGCUGGAGGCCACCUCCUUCCUCAGCCACCAGCUGGACUUUAACUUCCUCAACAACAAACCUGUUUCUCUGGGACAAGCCCUGGAGGUGGUCAUACAGCUGCAGGAGAAGCAUGUCAAAGAUGAGCAGAUAGAACACUGGAAGAAGAUUGUAAAGACUCAGGAAGAUCUCAGGGAUCUUCUCAACAAGAUGGUGACCACUAAGGAACGGGUCAAGGAGCUCCACCAGCAGUAUAAAGAGGCCAGCGAGGUCAAACCGCCCCGAGAUAUCACAGCAGAGUUCCUGGUGAAGAGCAAGCACCGCGACCUCACCGCGCUCUGCAAGGAGUACGAUGAGCUGGUGGAGUUGCAGGUCAAACUGGAGGAGAAGCUGCAGGAGCUGGAGGCCAAUCCGCCCAGUGAUGUUUACCUGUCAUCCAGGGAUCGGCAGAUCCUCGACUGGCACUUCGCCAACUUGGAGUUUGCCAACGCUACGCCCCUCUCCACCCUUUCUCUCAAGCACUGGGAUCAGGAUGAUGACUUUGAGUUCACUGGCAGCCACCUGACCGUAAGGAACGGCUACUCCUGUGUCCCCGUGGCCCUGGCUGAAGGCCUGGACAUCAAACUAAACACAGCGGUGCGGCAGGUCCGAUACACAGCCUCUGGCUGUGAGGUGAUCGCAGUGAACACCCGCUCCACGACGCAGACCUUCAUAUACAAGUGUGAUGCUGUGCUGUGCACUCUGCCUCUCGGCGUGUUGAAGCAGCAGCCUCCUGCUGUGCAGUUUGUUCCCCCGCUGCCGGAGUGGAAGACCUCUGCUAUACAGAGGAUGGGCUUUGGCAACCUCAACAAGGUGGUGUUGUGUUUUGACCGCGUGUUCUGGGAUCCCAGCGUCAACCUGUUUGGUCAUGUUGGCUCCACCACAGCAAGUCGGGGCGAACUCUUCCUCUUCUGGAACCUGUACAAAGCCCCGAUCUUACUGGCUCUCAUGGCCGGUGAGGCCGCCGGCAUCAUGGAGAACAUCAGUGAUGACGUGAUCGUCGGACGCUGCCUGGCCAUUCUUAAAGGGAUAUUUGGAAGCAGUGCUGUUCCACAGCCAAAGGAAACCGUGGUCACGCGUUGGCGUGCCGACCCCUGGGCCCGGGGCUCCUACUCGUACGUCGCGGCAGGUUCUUCGGGUAACGACUACGACCUGAUGGCACAACCCAUCACACCCGGCCCGGCUAUCCCUGGAGCCUCACAGCCGGUCCCUCGUCUCUUCUUCUCCGGGGAGCACACCAUCAGGAAUUACCCCGCCACGGUCCACGGCGCCCUGCUCAGCGGGCUCCGCGAGGCCGGCCGCAUCGCAGAUCAGUUCCUGGGCGCCAUGUACACGCUCCCCCGACAGGCCACUCCCACCGCCGCCAGCAACCCCCAGCAGGCUCAGCCCGCCCCCAGCGUCUGAAGCUGCCUCUCCCACGUCCUGCCGACUCAGGACUGCAGGACCAACUACAGCAGUUACUGAGAAAAGUUUACCCAUAAACUCUUGUUCCUGGGAAGUCCCCGACAACACUUUGCAUCACUGGCCAGAAUAAUUUAUUUUCUGGCUGGUACGAUGUCAAAUCGAGAUUCCUUAAUUGGAACAUUUCAGCUCCUCAGACUUGUUUCGGGACGUUAGUGACUGUUCACAUUUCCAGCAAAAUCCAGAGACCGAUUUAACCUACAACAAAGACUGUACUGUGCUAAUGACAAAUAAAUCCCAAUUUUGUUACAUAGUGAUGUAAUAACUCGAUUUAUAAAUGUUCUAUUUCACAGUCUUAAAAACAGAAGCAUGGCAUUAUGUUUGGAGCAAUUCAGUGUAUUAACCCGACAUCUAUUUAUGUGCCCUUAUCUAAAUCCUAAAUGUACACACAACCUAGAGCCAGAUAUCAUUUUUAUUAUAAGACAGAUGACUAACUAGCUCAAGGCCUUGUCUUGGUUGUCUUAACACAUUGCUAUGUUCUGUAGCUGUAUGCCUCCUAAAUUUACUUUUUUGAUCAUUUAGGUUGCAGAGUGUAGUGGAAAUAGUUUGUAUUAAAAGCUAAAAAAAGACAGAUAUGUUGAAAGAAUUGAAUGUUUUUUGUUGCCAUAGCGGUUUAAGUAUUUUAUUAAGGUUGUCAUUACAUUCUUUUUUAUAUUGUCAAUUGUUUUGUUAUUAAAAGAACAGAAAUUGUA